CCCGCGGUGGGCGGGGCGCGGGGCGCUGGGAAGGCGCCGUAAGGACAAGUGAAGAAGCGGCGGCGGCGGCGCUCCGGGUUCGCUGGGUGCGGGACCCGCCGGCUGCGCGGUCCCUGGCGCCCCGGGGAAGGAUGAAGGUGUGCUGCCCCCUGCUGGUUACUUUAUGGGUGUGCUUGGCCACCCUCAGCAGCAGCUCAGAGCGCUGUGAUGACUGGGGAGUGGACACCAUGAAACAAAUCCAGGUCUACGACGGGGAACCAGCUAGGAUCAAAUGCCCGCUCUUCGAGGCCUUCUUAAAAUACAACUACAGUACAGCCCAUUCGGCUGGCUUAACCCUGAUCUGGUACUGGAUUGGGCAGGACCGGGACCUGGAGGAGCCAAUCAACUUCCGUCUCCCGGACAAUCGGAUCAGUAAGGAAAAAGACACCCUUUGGUUCCGGCCUGCCCUUCUCAACGACACUGGGAAUUAUACCUGCAUGCUCAGAAACACAACCUAUUGCAGCAAGGUCGCGUUUCCCCUGGAGGUUGUUCAGAAAGACCAAACUUCUUGCGUCAGCCAAUCAAUAAAACCUACUGAAGAGCUGUUCUAUUUGGAGCAUACUAACGAGAAGAUCAUUUGUCCAGAUAUUGAUGGCUUUUAUCCUCCCAGCGUAACGCCAACUGUCAACUGGUACAGGAACUGCGUGUUGGUGAAAGGCUUCCACGACCGAUAUCCCGAGGGCCCAGCGCUCAUCAUUGGCAUUGUCCGCAGUGUGUACAAAGGGAACUACACCUGCAUUGUGAGCUACACGGACAACGGAAGGACCUACAGCCUCACCAGAACCAUAAGGAUGAAGGUAGUAGGGUCUCCAGCCAAGGCAAUGCCACCGCAGUUUAGCUCUCCAAAUGAGAAAAUAAUCUACGAACUCGAAGCAGGUGCCGACCUUGUUCUGCCCUGCGAAGUCUACUUCACCUUUCUGAAGGACUCCCAAACGGAGGUCUGGUGGACUGUUGAUGGAAAAAAUACAGACGAUAUCACAGACAUGAAAAUAAAAGUCUCCGAAAGUGUCUCUACUACCGAACUUGGACACAAGGACAUCACAAGGACUCUGACCAUUUCCAAGGUCACACCCGAGGACUUGAAGCGCAACUACACCUGUCAUGCCAGAAACACCAGAGGAGAGGUUCACCAGACGGCCAUGGUGGGAAUGAAAGUUCUAGCUCCAAGAUACACUGUGGAAUUGGCCUGUGGACUGGGAGCCACCGUCUUGCUGGUGGUGAUCCUGAUCGUCGUCUACCACGUUUAUUGGCUCGAAAUGGUUCUCUUCUACCGGGCUCACUUUGGAACGGAUGAAGCCAUUCUUGAUGGUAAGGAGUAUGACAUUUAUGUGUCCUAUGCCCGGAAUGCCGAGGAGGAGGAGUUUGUGCUGCUGACCCUGCGUGGAGUCCUGGAGAACGAAUUUGGAUACAAGCUGUGUAUCUUCGACAGAGACAGCCUCCCCGGGGGAAAUACCACUGAGGCAGUUUUCGACUUCAUUCAGCGAAGCCGGAGGAUGAUCGUGGUGCUGAGCCCCGAUUACCUGACUGAGAAGAGCAUCAGCUUGUUGGAGUUCAAGCUGGGCAUCGUGUGCCAGAACGCCAUCUCCACCAAGCUCAUUGUGGUGGAGUACAGGCCGCUGCAGGUCACCCAUCCUGGCAUUCUCCAACUGAAGGAGUCUGUCUCCUUUGUGACCUGGGACGGGGAUAAAUCCAAGCCGUCCGGCUCCAAGUUCUGGAAAGCCUUACACCUCGCCCUGCCCCUGAGGAGCCUGAGCUCCAGCUCGGGUUGGAACGAGAGCUGCUCCUCGCAGUCAGACAUCAGCCUGGAUCACGUCCAGAGGAGGAGGAGCAGGUUGAAAGGCCAGCUGGAACCGCAGAGCUCCAGAAUGGGCGCUGCAGCUCAGAGUGGGGUGGCCCCAGCCCCCAGGUCAAAGACCAAGCACCGAGCCAAGCCGUUCAUGCCAUGUCAGUGCUGUGUGACGUACUGUGACAAUGGCGAUAAACUCAAGCAGAAGAGCCGAGCCGUACUCAAGUCCAAAUGGGAGACUCACCUCUGCAAGCCAGUCUCGGGCGGAAACAGACUAGAGCCCCCAGCUGCACAGCUCUCGGCUCUUGCCUUCUGCCAGUACCCCGAUUUGUCCAACAACAACGACUUCUGUGUUCUCUAGCUGAGUUCCCAGACCACAGCAGAGCCGCUGGGGAUGCCAAGCGAAUGGAGCAAUGAUGAGGGGUUUGGGGAUUUCCCGGACUGGCUUCGCUUCCUUCGACAUGUCCUCAUUCUUUUCCAGUCAAACAACAGCCAUGCAGGAGUGCUGGAGUGAUGUUACCAAAUGUUCCACUCAUUGGCACUUGAGAUGGGAGAGACCAUGUAGUCCCAAACUGAUCUAGGGACCUCUGGGGCCACACAGGGCAUGCACGGCUGGGCUGCUAAAUAGAUAUAAAAAGACAUUCAGUAUUUCCCUUAUGUUGGCCCAGGGAGAUGGGAGAGGGAAGAGUUCCUGUGAGGUGAAUCGGAGGGGAGGUGUUGACUAAACAAUCUCCUUAUGAAGGGGUACAAAAGUGUGACGUGAACUUAGGCUUGACCCUUCACCUUUGAAUCAAUUAAAGCUUCAUUACUGAUUUCAUUGUGGGCAGGAUCCAGCCCCACCUCCUGCCGAGGCCAGAUGGGUCUCUUUCAGUGGAUUCUGUGGUGCUUUUUCAUAUCCUUGUUUAAAGGGACAUGGUCACAGCUUUAAAAAAUAACCCCCGUCUCUCUGUAGGCCUUUUAGCAUGCCUUUGCGCACAGGCCAUUUCAGUGGUGGCCCUGUCGGGCCAGUUCCCCCACUGGUUGGCAUGGGCCUUUCACACAGCCACUAACAUUUAGAGAGAGGGGUGGCCAGCCCCAAAAUAGGCAAGAUAAGGCCUGAAACACACUUAAAAACCCCACUGUUGAAACGCCCUAGAUUUCAAAUGGACUGUGUCUCAUUAAGUGAUUCACGAAAAGGGCCCUUGAUCACCUCCCUCGGGUCCGGCAGACCUCGCCGCCAGGAAGUAUUUCCUCCUGUGCACCCUGAAUUCCAUUUUCCCAUGCUCGGUGUCAUCUUAACACCCAUUCCCCCCCAGCCAUGGGGUUUGCAAAUACUCCCACCUUCACCCCCUCAGCUGUCCUUUGGUGUCACACAUUGAGUUCUGGAGGCCUUUACCUGGGAAUUAAUCCCUCCCCCAGCUCUUUAAUCAGUCUGACUGCUUGUCUCUACGUUAAGUGUGGCUGUUGUUAAUUUGUCUUCUCUGUGGGAGGCAUGUGUUGGGAAUCCACUGUAGAAAGCGUGUGGCUGGUGUGGCUACCAGCCCAGAGGCUCGGUUGGGGUCAAUGGGCGCAGCUGCAUUGAAGUCAUUGAGUCAGUGCUGAGGGUCUGGCCUACAUCUGCCUCCAAUUAAUACUGCCAGAGCACAGUGACCCUCCCGUCACUCUCUGAAAGAUGGACAGGUGGCAUUCAUUCCACAACCUCUCUCCUGUGCCAAAUUUUAUACCCUUUUUCUGUCAUUAGGAGAUUGAACAUAACCCCAGGGGCUUUCCCAUUAUGAUUCAUGAGGAACUAAAAAACGUAGAGAGCAGCUGAGACAAACGGUAGGAGGAAAUGGAGAAAUAAAAACAUGGUUUUGGAGGAAUUCCAAAUGAAACUUGAGUCUGAAAUUAGCAGCCCUGUCUAGCGUGAAAAUUAGAAUAUUCUUAAGGUCUCGCCCAUCAUUCCACCCACCGCAGAACUGUUUCUGUCAGUCUCUCUCCAGUACUACAUGGCACCAAGGUUUACAUGACUCAAGCCAGGUUCAUAUAAAGUCACAUCAACCUUAAGUGAUUAAGUAGAGGAGGAGGAGUGAGGUUGUGUGUGGCAGGAGAGGUAAUAAACUGCAGAGAGUUUUGUGAAAAGGAAAGAAAACAGAAUAGCCUCCUGAAUUAGACAGUCCCCGUCACAGACAGCUGGAUGUGUCACCUCACCAUGGAUGAAAAUACAAGCGAAGAAAUGCAAA